GAUAAUGACACACUCCAUUACUAUUUGAAUCACUAGCUGCCAUGACUACCAUCUGGUAGUGCAAUGUAAUUAAACAUAAAUCAAGAUAUGAUCAAUCAAGGACAAAAUGACAUAAGUGGGGCCCCCUAAAUCAAACCUAAUUUUAAAAUCUUCAUCUUAUCAGCUUCUGUUCUGUGGUGCUUAUUUCUAAAUUAAUUAUUGUAAUCAUCAAAUCACUACUCAGUAUGUAGUAUGCCAGCAUAAAAAGACACAGAAACAUAGUGAACAGUGAUAAGUGAGAUUAUAGUAAGACAAUGCAUGUAACAAUUUCCCAGAACCCAAGUUGGCGUCUUAAGUUUAUUUAUUUUUUAGUAUUUAAUUUACAAUAAAAUAGAACUGAGAAAAGCGGGGAAAUGAAAAACAAUAGAGUUGCUGGAACCAAACUUUUCUCAAUUAAUCACCUAUUUGUUAAAGCAGCUUUUUGUGUGCUAUAGUCCCAAAUAAAAGGCACUUUCAGCUGGAGAGAGUCAAUGUGAUCAUUAUGAUUUGAGACUAUGCGGAGAUUAUUUGGGAUGAACUCGAAUACUAGUGGUAGUGAUGUCAUAAGAGCGGCGCCCACUAUUUCAGAAUAUUUCCACUUUCUCACUUUGAAUUUGUGAUUCAAGUUUAUUUCAUCGCAGUGUUACUUUUUUCCGACGGUGUCAUGAAGGCAGCAUGAGGGGGAAUUCUCAAUCGCCUCGUACGUAAACAUCCUUGCGCACACUGCCUACCCACGAUGCAGCGCGGCUGCAUACAACAUAGCCAUCUUGUCAAGAGAGACUCGGAGAGGGAGGGAACUGGAGGCGCUGUUUAGGUUCCCAUUUGUUUUAAAGCUGGAAUUUAAGAGCGUGUUCCUCUCUCAAUAGCUGUUGAAAGUAAGUGUCCGCCACCGGGUGACUUUGAGCUGCCGAGGUGAGUGGAUACAAAGGACUCCUUUCGGGAAGAUGUCUCGCAUACUUGUUCCGACGUAGAGGGAGUGUGCAGCAGCCAGUUGGCUUGACUUGCUAGCUAGCUCAGAGAGUGAAGGGCUGCGGGCCCUCCUCAGCCUAAAGUAGGUCCUCCAGCUGGGCAACACACCGCGACAACGGCCGCUUGACAACCGCACGACCGGGACCUUCGCGGGCCGACCUGGACUGAGACGAAGCUGUGAAUCGAUCCCCCCGACAGGCUGCCGGGGUCGGUGCCUGAAGCCGCAUUGCUGAACAAGACGACACGACGUGUUGCGUUACGGGCUCAUGAAACGCAACAGGAGCCCGAGAGAGGAAGCGGAAUGGCGUAGGUUCAUAUUGAUUACAGUUAUCGUUCGCUGGGCCAAGUGAAUUAGAUGCAAGUUUGCUGCUUAAUACGAUCUAAGCCCCAUCGAAGCAGCACCCAGCUCUUCCCUUUCGGACGGAGGAUAACAUAGCCGUACUGGACUUGUAAUCGGGCUGUCAAUAUGUCGAAAAUGCCGGCCAAGAAAAAGAGCUGUUUCCAGAUCACGAGUGUGACUCAGGCCCAGGUGGCGGCGAUCUGUGGUGCCGACGACACGGAGAGUCUGGAGGACCCAGACGAGUCCCGGGCCGAAGACGUGUCGUCGGAGAUAUACGACAUGUCGCGGCCCGAGUACGAGCCUGCGUGUGGCAGAAGUUCAUCAGAAGAAGCCCUGAAUAACGUUGGAGAGCCGGAGGCGGUCAGUGUUCUGGCACCGGCACGCAUACCUCAAGCCGGUCAGUUGUCUGCGCUGUCAGGCAAUCUCGUGGGGGAGUUUCGGAAGGUGGGAGCGCGGUGCGCCGCUCCAGGACAGCAGCCGGCUCCAGCAGCAGGGCCAGCCGGUGUCUCGGUAAACGCACCCCAGCCUGCUGCAACUCCACCUGCCACCUCCACGGUGAGCUGCACCUCCCGCUUCAGAGUCAUCAAACUUGAUCAUGGUACCGGAGAACCCUUUCGAAGAGGCAGGUGGACUUGUACAGAGUUUUAUGAGAAAGACUCUGAGGGCUCCGCUGGUACUCGGACUGUAGAUGGCAUUAGGCAUGCCGGCGCAACAACACUGGACCCUGCUGCCGACAGGGACAGUGGGAUUGGGCAUACGGGAGGCUCUGUGGUGGCCCCGGCGACACACUCGGGUCAGGGCUUGGGCUCAGUGGCGGCUGCUACUCUCCCUUUGUCCCGCAUGCAUUCAGUGGAGAUGCCACCUCAGCAGCAGCAGCAGCAGCAGCAGCCUCAAAUCCACCAUCAAAACUACAGCGGUUCUGCUCCCCAGGCUGUGUUGCCCGUCGGACAAAACGGCCUGCCUCAAUCGGUGGUCCAGAUCCAGAAGUCCCCCAUCAUGCCUCCUUCAGCCCAGCCUACUGCUUACCCACCACAGCAACAACAGCAGCAUUCUAAGGGCCACCACCUGAACAGCCAGUCUUCUGUACUGCUGCAGAACCAUACGGAGUACUAUCAGCAGCAACAGCCAGGGCUUUCCACUGGCCAGUCCCUCGCAGUGUCCAGCCUCUCUGCUGGACCACAUCCUGUGGGACAAGGACACCCUUCGGUCUUGCAUCUAUCCUCUGGAGGUGCUUCUGUGCCAAGUCAGGUCGGAGAUGUAUCUGUGCCGACGGGACAGCCAGCUCCUGGCCUCCUGCAGCAGCAGGCUGGAGGAAUGGGGCCUGUUGGAGGCUCCAUUGUGGGUGGGGGAUCCGCUUUGAGUCCAUAUACAGCCGCCGGACAGCCUCAACCCCACGGCCUCCACCCUGCAUCCUCCGGUGUACAAAAUGUGCCUGCCACCGCAGGGAGCUCCAGUGUACCCACCGCUGUGCCCAGUGCCUCCAGUGCAGCCAUGCCAAAUAUGACAACUUCCAGUUUGCCUCCAGGUCAGAUAUCCCACAGCAGGACUCUAGUGGCUUUGGGGAUGCAGUGCCUCCCGGCAACUGGAUUUGGACAUGAGGGAGGUGGAGGGAAGCCAGAGGGUCUCGUCAACGCACAUUCUCCUGUUGUCUCCGGGAGGGAACCGAUGAAGCCCUUCAUGCCUGAGAGCCUGCAGCUCGCCACUCCAACUGUCAACAGCCUGUUUGGACUCCACAUACCUGUCGACGGGGAUGUGGACAGGGCCUCGGGAACCAAUGUUGCUGCCAUUGAUAAUAAAAUUGAACAGGCAAUGGACCUGGUGAAAAGCCAUCUGAUGUAUGCGGUGCGUGAGGAGGUGGAGGUCCUCAAGGAGCAGAUCAAGGAGCUGUAUGAGAGGAACUCUAUGCUGGAAAAGGAGAACGCGGUGUUAAAAUCUCUGGCCAACAGCGAGCAGCUGUCUCAGCUGCCCGCUCAGCCGGCUACCAGCUCCGGCACCACGCCCCCCCAGCAAGGACUCGGUCAGCCUCCGCUUCAACUUCAGCCUCAGCCGCACCCCCAGCUCCAGACUCAGCCUCAGCUCGAUCCCAGCCAGCAACAAAUGCAACCCAACGUCACCUCUGCUUGAAGAGCAUCUGCCAUGCUGCAGGGGGCAGGAGAAAAAGAAGAGCAUCUUCUCUACAACUUAUUACAAAUAGUGUAUGUGAAAUAAAAAGAAGAGAAAAAAAAUAAACUGUCUUCUUCGCCACCAGCUUGACCACAAAGAGAGGUAUGUGUGUGUGUGUGAGAGAGAUAAUUGGUGUGUAUGCAUCUGUACUGUGGGCCUUUCCAGUGUUAAUGCAAUCAUCGAGAGGGAGAAAGUGUGUGUGGAGACGGUAUCGGGGAAGGUCGGGUGUUUGUUUUCAUCGUGCUGGGUUCCCGGAGUGGUCGCCUGCUGGGUCCAAGCUCGUGGACAGGAUGUCUUUUCCUGGACCAGACCAGUUCGUGACCUGAAACCUGCUCACAUCGAGGGUGCUGGACGGCUUCAGCUCACGGAAGGGACGAACGGGAGCGAUUGUCAAAAGAGCGAUUAUUUUUGUAAUGAUAUAAUUGAGUGGGCAAAGGGGUAUUUUAGCCUUGUUUUAUGUUGUAAGACGUGGGAGAGUCUGUUUUCCGGAGCGCCACAGCGAUGCCGUUACUUUUACAUCAAGUCCAACUCUUGCAUCGUUGAGUUCUACUGUUAAGUGUUUUAUUUAUUACAGGGCUGCUAUUCUCACAUGAACAAUUUCACAAAACCUGUCCAACAGUAGCCCAGUGGCUCGUUUCCGCUUCUCCUAGUGUUUCAGAUUCGCCGGGGGCAACGCGUCCUUUAAAAUUGUAGGCAAGACUAAAACAUCCGACAUGUUUAACACUAACUCAAAUUAUACUCUGCAAUUGCCAAUUCAUAUCUCGUCGAGAUCCAGUAUGAAUGUACGUUUUUGUAUAAUGCAAAGUAUUAGGAGCCUUGAUGGGUGACGCUUCACCCCUUGACAUCAAAUCUUAAUGUGAGCCUGCGGAAUUUAUUUGAUGAAGAUUAAAUUCUGUUCUUUUGAUCUAAAAGUGAAUUAGUAUUGUCAUCACCCCCCUCGUCUUUUUCUUUACUCCCAAUGUUUUUCCUGAGGGCCAGGGGGAAAGCUGUGAAAUCAUUCAACCUACUUUGUAACCAAAGAUGCAAAGCUGUGUAAAUUGAUUUUUAAAUGCACACAUGUAUUUUCUUUUGUUACUUCCUCCUUCACAACAUUUUGUUGCUGUUCAGCAUGUUCUGCAUGAUCUGUAAUCUUCAAACCACUUUCUUACCUCAUUUUUUUUUUCAGCACUCUUAUUGUAAGAUAGUCUGUGAACAGUGUAAAUGGGGCAAAUGAUGCAGAGCAGAGAAAAAUAACCUAGUGUUACUGACACUAGUCACAGAAAAAUGAAGUGAGCCAUGUUUCGUUCCUUAAAUGGUGUUUGAAUUUCAUAUGCCAAUAGUUUUGUUACAUUGCAAAUUUUAAUGUAUUUAAAUAAAAGCAAUAUUCAGAUUCCAAAUUA